AUGGUCCAAUGUAUCAUCCUUGGAACAGCUUCGAUCAACCCGACCACACGGAAAGCUAUGGAAGCGAUGGCCCGAAUAGAGAAGGCCGCACAUGAGAGCGUCGAUUGUCGUCUUGACGAUGGAGAGAUGGGCAGACAAGAUCUGCUGAGUCAUCUACUGCAGAUCUCGAGAAUCAAGGGUGGCGAGGUAGACUUUGGCAUCGGGGAAGUGAAACUGCAAGCUUUCAGAUCUGCUGGAGCUGACACUACAGCUAUUGCUCUGAGAUCAGUCUUCUAUCACUUGCUCAGAUCUCCCGACGCCUUGGUCGAACCCCUUACAGAUUUUGACACGGCAACAAGAAAGGGACGCCUCUCCAACCCGCCACGUUUUGCAGAAGUAUCAAAACUCCCAUUCCCUACUGCCGUCAUCAAGAAAGCAAUGCGUCUUCAUCCGAGUGUUGGCUUGAAGAUGCCGCAGAUCAUUGCUAAUACUGGUAUCCACGUUGCGGAUCACUUGAUCCCCAAAGGCUGA